UUCAUUUCAUUUAAACCAUGUUUUUUAAGUUUUCAAGUCUGAUUCCAGAAACAGUAUUAUGAUUUGCUAGUAAUUUCCUCUAUACAUAGUUUUAUUUACAGCAAUGGGGCUAAUUCACACAGUUACUGACACAGUGUUGGUAGCCCUGCUGUGGGUAUGUGUGUUGGCGGGUGACUCACCCAAGCAGUCCCCUGUCUCGUCAGAGGACUGCCAGGUGACUCCAGUGAUACAUGUACUGCAGUACCCCGGCUGUGUGCCCAAGCCCAUCCCCUCCUUCGCCUGCACAGGUCGCUGCAGCAGCUACCUUCAGGUGAGCGGAUCCAAAAUCUGGCAGAUGGAGAGAUCCUGCAUGUGCUGCCAGGAGAGCGGGGAGAGGGAGGCCAGUGUGUCCCUGUUCUGUCCCAAGGCUAAAGCAGGGGAGAGGAAAUUUAGGAAGGUGAUCACAAAAGCUCCGCUGGAGUGCAUGUGUCGCCCAUGCACGGGAGUGGAGGAGAGCGCUGUCGUGCCGCAGGAGAUCGCUGGCUACGCAGACGAAGGUCCUCUCAACGCACACUUCCAGAAGUCCCAGUAAACCACUGUCUAGGUGACCCCUACAACUCAUGACUUGUAAAAUAUUCAGCGAUUUUGUUGGCUUCUUCUAAUAAAGUGCUAGUUUUUCAA